AUGCAACUUUCGAAAUCCCUUGUCACUGAAUUGCCACACAUUGCCGCGUGGCGGGAAGCCUAUAAGGCUUUUGGAGCCAAGCCGCAAAAGACACGCAACAGUUUAGAGGCAUUGACGCGUCGAGCAGAGGGUGGUUUACCGCGAGUCAAUCGGCUGACGGACAUCUACAAUGCUAUUUCAGUCAAGCAUCAAAUUCCACUGGGCGGUGAAGACAUUGAUAAAUACAAUGGAUCACCGUUUCUUGUCCGAGCCACUGGUCAGGAGCCAUUCCAGACAUUUUCUAGCGGGGAAUUCCAAACAGAAUUCGCAGCACCUGGGGAACCUAUAUGGUGUGACAAUGCUGGCAUCACUUGCCGCCGCUGGAAUUGGCGACAGGGCCCGCGGACUGCAUUAACAGAUGUGACCACACGCGUUUUGUUCAUUUUGGAUGCAUUAGAGCCGCUUUCAGACGAUGCCCUUCUCGCAGCUGCCGAUGAGCUUGUUUUGACACUGAAAAGCCUGUCUCCAAAGGUGCAGUCGUCAUACCGAAUAAUCGCUGCUUCCACGUGA